AUGCACUCUCAGGAAAUCAGACCUGGUCUCUCCCUUGCUCCGCUACAGGUUACAAUGACCCAUCCUCACGCACUCAAGAAGCACAGCCCUGACCAGGUUUCUGGUCGUGUCUUCACACGAAUCCUCCGCGUUGAUUAUAUGCGCGAAUUCCGAUGCAGAUUUGGCAAACAAUCACACGCCCGAGAUUCCAAUGCAGAUUUGGCAAACAAUCACACGACGGAGAUUUGUGGUGAUGGUGGAGGCGGUGAAUGUGACGGAUUUUUGCGCAAAAUACCGCCCAUCAGUCUUCGAUCAAUCGGGCCAAUUGGGGAGGACGUUGUCUUACCCGUAGGCGGCAGUGGAACCACAUUGCAGCAAGUUACGGCCACGGCCCUGACCAGUUAUCAGGUAGUGUCUUCACACGAAUUCUCCUGCAUCAUAUGCGCAGAUUCCGAUGCAGAUUUGGCAAACAAGUACACGAACGGGAUUUUCGGUGGUGGUGGUCGUGGCGAUGGUGACAGACUUUUGCGCGAAAUGCCGACCCUCAGUCUUCGACCAAUCGGGCCAAUUGGGAGCACGUUGUCUGAUCCGUAG